AUGCCAUUGGAUGCAGAGAUUUCAGAAAGAGUGAUAAUGGCUUCAGGAAGAAUAAUCGACUUGCAACUGGAUCCUCUGGAAGGCUAUGUCUACUGGACAACAAUUCAUACUGUUGAUUGUGCUCUCCUAAAUGGAUUUUAUCCUGACAUGAUAAUGGAAGAAUCUAACUUCUCAAAUAGACAGAUUGCAGGUUUGACUGUGAAUUUUGAACACAUGAUGUUUUACUGGUUGGUCCAAGAUAACUUUGGAAUUGAAAUAUAUCAAGCUGAGCUAUGUAAGAAAAGCAUUAUGUUUUGGACUCAGAAAUCUCUGAAUUCUGUGGCAUUGGUUGCUUAUGAUUUAGUCAAGAAAAGAGCUAAGAUACUUUUGAAUUCUCAAUCAGAAAGCAACACCUCCUGCUUUGAAGAAAGAAAUUGCAACUGUACUUUGAUUAAUCUUCAGUUGGAUGGACCUAUAGUUGUUGAUACUACAAACUAUAAAGACACAAAACUCUAUUUCAUUACUCAGAAUCAAGAGAUAUGGUCUUCUGAUUUAAAUGGCUGUCAGUGUUGGAAAAUUAUGAAUUUUAUAGGAAAUAGAGGUUUCAGAAUCAAGUCUCUGAGCAUGGAUAACAAAGCUCUAUUUUGGAUACAGCCAACUGAAAGAAACACAAAGUUAUUCAAAACAGAUAAGCUUGUUGGAUCCAUUUUAUCUCAAACUGAAUUACCUGGGGUUGUUAGGAUGAUUGCUUACAAUGACAAUUUACAGUCAUACCCAGAACGUGAAUGCUUGAUUCCAAGACCAUAUACAAAUAAAGUUCAAGUGGUCAAUAAGACAGACUCAGCUUUGAUUCUGAAUAUCCCUCCAGUAGAGUACAUGGCUCAGUGUCUUCAUGUAAGCAGACCUACUCUCACAUAUAUAGUGCAUUAUGGAGAACUGCAAGACAGUGAAUCAAAUGUUACAUGUUCCCAUGGAUUGGAAUGUGCAAUACAGGAGAACCAGGACAAUAGAGUGGAACUGAAUGGCCUUCAUUCUUAUACUAGAUAUCUCAUUCAAGUAUCUGUCAAAAGCUUUUAUCAAGAUUUGUCAAGAAAUUUGGGUCCACCAGCCGUGAAUUGGACAUGUUUUGGAGUGCCCUCAGCACCUGAGCAAGUUACUGUAUUUGUUUUAUCAGAUACGAUAGUCACUGUGCUUUGGUCAGAUCCUUUGGAACCUAACGGGCCUUUAGAAGAGCUUCGAUAUCAAGUGGAGAUAAAUGGAAAUAUUUUCAGACCAGGAGUUCCAGUCAAAAUAUACUCCAAAAAUGAACAAAAGAGUUUUCAAGUUGACAAUCUUCAAGGUGGAAAAGACUACAUUUUAAGGAUUCUUCUGGGGAUGUUGUGUGGUGUAAGUCAUCGAACACUAAACUCUCUGAAUAAUUGA